GCUGUAUGCCACUGGUUUUCUUUGCCCUGGCCUCGAUGUCCACCUACUGAUCCUAAUGUUACAGCUUCGAAAACGGACACCCGCGUGGCACGGUACAGGUUGCUCAGAGACGUCCUUCUCAAGGGUCGGGUACGGUAGUAACGAGACAGCCACGCCGGAAGAAAAGUCGGACCUUCUCCAGGAGAUGGAUGUCCUGAAAUUAGUAGGGGCGCACCCGAACGUGGUCAGCUUGAGGGCAUAUUGCACAAAGGGGCCCAUUAUAGCUCUCAUGGUAGAGUACUGUCCUCUAGGGGAUCUUCAUUCGUAUCUGAAGAGGACUAAGCGUCACUUGAGCAACUCGCAAGAGGAGAGGGGCUCAGGAUCCAACCGUAGUUUAUCGAGCGAAGGACCAUCCUCAGAUGCAGAUUCCGGAUAUGCUUUCAGUACAAGCCCGUCUCCAACGCAUCUUCUUUCUUUACUACGCCAAGUUGCGCAAGGAAUGGAUUUCCUGGCGUCGAAGCGUGUCGUCCACCGUGACUUGGCAGCACGAAAUAUCCUCCUGUACGACGAACACCGCGUCAAAAUUACCGACUUCGGUCUGUCUAGGGACAUCUACGUCGAAGGACAUUACCGAAAGGAAAGCAGAGGUCCACUUCCCGUCCGCUGGAUGGCGCUCGAAUCGCUCGCUCAUUUCGUCUACACCAGCAUGAGUGACGUGUGGUCGUUCGGUGUACUCAUGUGGGAAACAGUGAGCUUCGGUGACGUCCCUUAUCCUGGAAUUGACAACCAUGAGCUUCUACAAUUUUUGAGGAAACCCUCCGACAACCGGUUAUUGAAGCCAGAGAACUGCAGUCAACAAGUGUACGACGUCAUGCGUUCGUGUUGGCAAGAAAAACCAACACAGAGACCGACUUUCACACAGCUGGUUCGCAAUUUAGACGCCAUCUUGGAAAACAGUCGCCAAUAUUUCUGCUUCGACGACCACCUAUGAUGACGGCAAUGAUUGAUCGCCGAAAAGAUGGACGUCACAUUUUAUUUAUUACGAGACGCGGGACAAUACAAGUGUUUUCCUCUGUCCCUUCUUUGCCGUGAAA